AUGGUUUUUAUUUUUUCUCGUAUUUUUCGACGUAUGAUAUCAACAAAUCCUACUAGUAACUUUGUCACUUUAUCUAAUCGUCCGAUUGUUCAGACUAACGGUGAAACUGUUCAAGGGUCACUUAAGCUUCACUAUUGGGAAUGGCAAGGUCGUCAACCUAGUAUACUUUUUUGUCAUGCUGCAUCAUUUCAUGGUCGAUGCUAUGAUCGUAUUAUUAAUGAAGCUUUACAUGGUUUUCAUGUAAUUGCUUUAGACUUUCGAGGGCAUGGUCGAUCACAAACACAUCCUCCUCCUUAUCAUUUUCGAUGGCAUGGAGAAGAUGUUUUACAAUUUAUUGAAACACUCCAUCUUAAUAAGGACAAUCUUAUUGGUAUUGGCCAUUCUCUGGGUGGAUAUGCCUUGAUUUGUGCUGCAGCAAUAGCGCCCAGGCGACUAUUUCAAUCAUUACUCUUACUCGAUCCUGUUAUUCUUCCUUCUUCGAUGUAUGAAGACUAUGAUAGUUAUUCGUCUAGUGUAGAUUUCAUUCGUCGUCGAAAAAACCAAUGGUCAUCUAUUGAAGAUAUGAUACUAAACUUAGAAAAACGCGAACCAUUUUCACAAUGGCCACAAGAUACUCUUCGUAAUUAUUGUACUUAUGCUCUUGAUGAGAAUAAUAAACUUGUAUGUUCACCUGAUGGAGAAAUAUCAAUAUAUAAAACAAGUGCGCUUCCUGAAUCAAAUUUAUAUCCAUCAAUUGAAAAAUCAAAAUUUAUUAAACAUAUUCCAAUUCACGUUGUAAGAUCAUCACUUCCAUGUGGUAAAGGUCAAUUUGAAACAUCACCAACAGAACCUGAUCUUGUAAAAUGGUUUCAAAAAGGACGAGACACACAAUUAGAAAAUUCAAAACAUUUUUUUCCAAUGGAACAACCACAAAUAGUAAUUGAUCUAGUGAAAGAAUUUAUGGAAGAAAAUAAAAAACUAUUCUCACAUCUAUAA